CAACCGUUUAUAUUCAUCUACGAAUGGAUGAACUUUGCUUAUGCAGCACCUGCCUGCGAAUUGGCGCUCAUCGCAUCGAUAAAUCCGUCCUUCUGGACACUUUUUUGGCAUGUUUUGUUGCCUUGCCAUAUCAUUGCUACAGGACUGGUGCAGUUCUUCUUUCCGGCGUACCUGCUUUUCUAUCUUGGCUUUCCCUGGGUGAUUUCAAAUCUGGACGAGCUUGUAAAUCUUGAAUACCUGGAUAUGAGUUACAACCGCAUCAAGAAAAUUGAAGGUCUUUCUGGCUUGGUGAAUUUACGACGACUUUACUUAGUGCACAAUAAAAUUGAUGAAAUUGCUGGUUUGGAGUCGCUGACGAAGCUCGAACUGCUUGAACUUGAAAAUUUGGAGAAUUUGAAGAAGCUUACUGUGCUGAGUGUACCUGGAAAUCGUAUAACUGAACUGAGCGGGAUUUCGCAGCUCACUGAGCUCUCGGAACUUCACAUCAGUGAUCAGGGGAUCCAGUCUUUAGCCGAGCUGAUUCAUUUGAAAAAAUUGACAAUAAUUGAUGCUGGAAACAACAAAAUCACGAAUCUGGAUGGACUCAAUCAUUUGGAAGAACUGACAGAUUUAUGGGUACAUUUACAAUUAUUUUUACACAUUUUUUUAAAAACUUCCUCCAGCCUUUAAAU